UUGCAUAAGAGCAGUAGAGAAGAGGGAUAAAGGCAAGCUCGACUAACUCACAAGCCAGUCCGGUAGCAAGAUGGCAAUCACACUCCUGGUUCUCUGCUGUGUGGUCACUGCGCUGGGCGCCCAGUCUCCCAGGUGGCUCAUCACUGCUCCCAGCAUUAUUCAUCUUGGAGCAGAGGAGACAGUGAGCAUGCAGAUUCAUGGAGCAACUGGACCUGUGGAUGUUCAUCUCUAUAUGAAACACCCAAUGACAAGUGACACUCUCACAUCAACUGAGCACAUAACUCUCAGUGAAGAUAACAGAUUUCAAGCCGUUGUCAAACUAAAGGUGGACCCAGAACGAUUCCAACAUGCCCAAGAUAAAAAUCCUGUGCAAUAUAAGUAUAUCACAUUGUGUGCCAAUUCUCCAAAGUUUUUUGAUAAAGCACAAAUGGUCGAUAUCCACUUGUCAACCAAAAGGGGUUACAUUUUCAUUCAGACUGACAAGCCAAUCUACACUCCUGGAGAGACUGUCAAAUACAGAAUCUUCACAUUAGACCAGUACAUGCUGCCGAAAGAUGAACAGAUCAACCUUAGGAUAUUUAACACCAAAGGCUUGGUAGUCCAUGGCACUUUAUUAAAGUCUUACGAAAUCACACAGCAGACUGUCAGCAUCCCUGACAUUGAACCAGCUGGACACUGGAAAAUAGAAGCAUAUUUUACUGGUGCACCUGAAUCAAAAACCACAGUUGAGUUUGAAGUGAAGGAAUAUGUGCUGCCGACAUAUGAGGUGAAGAUUGAGGCAGUAAAACCGUACUACACACUGGGAGAAGAAAGCUUCCAGUUCUCAGUUUCUGCAAGGUAUACCUAUGGGAAAGCUGUUGAUGGUGUCGCUUACAUCAGAUAUGGAAUCAUAGACCAGCAAAAGAAUAGGAUCUAUCUACCUGGUCUUGAGAUCCAGACACCGAUCAUGGAUGGUCGUGCAAGUGUCAAACUUCAUUCUGAACUUUUUCAAGAAAAAGUAAAAGAGACAAAUAUCACUGACCCAGAGGGUUGUCAUCUUUAUAUUGCUGUAACCGCUUUGGAGAAGGCCAGUGGAGACUUUGAAGAGGCGGAGACCAGCUCUGUGAAAAUAGUGACCUCACCUUAUAUGAUUGACAUGUCCAAGACCAAGAAGUACUUUGCCCCUGGCAGCAAGUUUUCCAUUUUGGCCACAGCCACCUAUCCUGAUGGCAGUCGCAUCCCAAACGUGAAGCUAAACGCUGCCGUUACUGUGAAAUUAACUGACCAAACAGAAAACAUCAUUAAUAAGAACGCUGUAGCGACUAAAGACGGAGUUACUGAAAUUCCUUUUGAAGUCCCCAAGCAAGCUGCAUCCCUGCAUAUCAAGCUAUCUGCUGAAGGAGAGAAGACACCCUCUGGACAAAUGAUGGUCACAGCAGUCCCAAACACACAGGAUUAUCUCAGCAUUGAGAUGGAGCACCGUGUUCUUGCUCCAGACCAGGAGCUAACAGCUCGCUUCAGAGACAUCUCUCCAGCUGGCACCGCCCGACCCUCCCACAUCUACUACAUGGUCCUGAGUAAGGGUAAAACCUUGCAGUUUAAGAGUGUUCAGACAACUUCAAGUGAACUCACAGAAAUCACCCUCCCGUACAGCACUGAUAUGGCGCCCUCUUUCCGACUGCUUGCAUACUACUUCAGAGGCCCAACAACGAUAGUGGCAGACUCAGUCUGGGUGGAUGUCAUGGAUAUCUGCAAGGGGAAGAUUGAGAUCAGUCCAUUGAGAGACCACAAGCCUGCAGAGUCCGUGGAUGUGGUGGUGAAAGCAGACAGCCACAGUAAGGUUGCACUGGUGGCUGUGGACUCAGCUGUGUACAUCCUAAACAAACAGAACAAGUUGACUGCACAGAAGAUGUUUGAUUACAUGAACUCCUAUGAUCUGGCCUGUUCUGUUGGAGGAGGGAAGAAUGCCCAGUCUGUUUUUUGGGAUGUAGGCCUCGCUUUCAUGUGCAACUGUGACAUGGCAUUGUCAUAUACUCUCGGCAAACAGAGAAAAUCUUGCUCUCCUGAAAGUAAACGGUCCAAAAGAGCAAGCAAAGUUACUGACUUCUCUUCUGUUGUCAUGAAGCACGGUGAAGAUGUCCGGCCAUGCUGUGCUGAUGGAGUCCGGUAUAACCGGAUGGGACUCACCUGUGAGCAGAGGUUUAGAAGGACUGCUGGCAAGUCCAAAAAAUGCAGAGACGUGUUUCUUCAAUGCUGUAAAACGGCUACCGAAAUGCGAAAGGCAACACGAAAAUACAGUGUUGCGAGAGACCAAAAAAAUGAGGUGGAUGAAGCCAUCGAUGGGACAGAUGUGCACUUGAGGAGCUGUUUUCCAGAGUCUUGGAUGUGGCACCUGACGGAGACAGAUGAGAGCGGUCAGCUCAGGUACUCUGUACCAGCUCCCGAUUCUAUCACAACCUGGGAAAUCCAAGCAGUGGGGAUCUCUCCAAGCAAAGGUUUCUGUGUUGCAGAGCCCAAACAACUAAGGGUGUUCCAGGACUUUUUUGUGUCUGUGAAGUUGCCAUACUCAGUGAAAAAGAAUGAACAGCUGGAGGUGAAAGCUGUGGUGUUCAAUUACAAGGACACAGAGUUAAAGGUGACUGUGGAGAUGCUGCCCUCUGAGGACUUGUGUACCUCUGGGGGAGACAGGGCUAAACAGAGCAUCACAGUCCCUGCCAACUCGGCGUCUUCCGUGUAUUUCACCGUGGUGCCCCUCGAAAAGGGCACAUUUCCCAUCACCAUUCUGGCCCACAGUUCAAGCGGUGUAGCGGAUAAAAUACAGAAGGAGCUCAAAGUUGAGGGGGAGGGGGAGCUAGUCUCAGUUUAUCGUCAGCACAUCAUCAACAGUAAAGCUAACAAGCUGGACUUUGACAUCACAACACCUUCUGACAUGGUGCCUGGAGAUGAACCAGAGACCCUCAUGAGCUUCAAAGGGGGUGUUAUGGGAGAGUCUGCGGGCAACUGUCUGAACCUGGAGGGCAUCGAAAAGAUGAUCAUUUUGCCGACGGGCUGUGCAGAGCAGACCAUGACAAAGAUGUCCCCUGCCGUCAACGCCAUUAAGUACCUGGACGCCACUGACCAGUGGAUCAACCUGAGAGCUGGCCGCAGGGAUGAAGCCCUGUCCAUGAUCCAGAGCGGUUACAGCAAAGUCCUGACAUACAUGAAGGCAGAUGGUUCUUACGGGAGUUUCUCUUCAUCCCCAAGCAUUAUCUGGAUUACAGCAUUUGUUGCCAAAGAACUCACUAAAGCCAGAAAAGUCAUUCCCAUUGAGGAUUCCUACAUCAAGAAGUCCAUAACCUACAUCAUAUCCAAACAGACCGAAGGAGGCUCUUUCCAGGGUAUCAGUCCCUCCAAUGGCAGAGGCAUACAGGGCGGAGUUGGGAAAUCAUCUGGAGAUGCGGCACUGACUGCUUAUGUUCUCAUAGCGAUGAACCAGGCUCUGCCUGUCUUUGACACUUUUGAAUCUACACAAGUGAGAAUGGCCAUGGAGAGUGCGCAGAGCUACCUGGAGCAGCAGUUGAACUCCCUGGAGGAUCCUUAUUCUGUAGCCAUCACAGCAUAUGCCCUCUCACUGACCCAGAGCUCAGCAGCUGCUCAAGCACAGAAGAAGCUCAGAGAUCUGGCCCACUGCGAUACUAGUAAAAACAAUAUGUGUUUCUGGGGACCAAAAAAGGCCCAGAGCUCUGACAUCGGGGUACGAGCAGACCCUCUCUCUUUGGAGACCACAGCGUACGCCCUGCUACAGGCUGUGGCUGUGAAGGACAAUCAGUAUGCCAUGGGAAUUGCGUCAUGGAUAACAGAACAGCGCAAGUUUGGGGGCGGAUUCCACUCCACCCAGGACACGGCUGUGGCCUUGGAGGCCCUUGCCACAUUCAGCGAGAAGAGCAACGAUGUAAGUGGACUGGACCUCACUGUGGAGAUGUGUUUUCAAGACGGUCGAAAGGACGUGAUGAGAUUGACGAAACACAAUGCUCUCACCCAGCCAGCCAUCAAGAUCAGGAAAGGGGGAAAAGUCUCUGUUCGCAUUGAAGGAGAAGGAGACGGCACUUUGGCGGUUGUGCAGAAUUACAGGAGCCUGAAAAGUCCUGACACAGCCUGUGAUAAAUUCUUCCUGGACGUAACGGUUGAAGGGGAACUGAAAUAUGAACCAAUGAAAGACUAUGACGGCCUGGAUGAUUAUGGGAACUAUGACGAUGGGGAACCACAGAAGGAUGACCCAAUGAGCCGGCUGGACUUGUUUGACCUGCGCACCCGUAGGAAGAGACAAGCCCCUGCACAGGAGAAGAAGGAGAGCUCUCUGACCUACAAAGUCUGUUAUGGGAUGCUAAAUGGGGUGUCUAAAGGGAUGGUCAUUGUGGACAUCUCUUUGCUGAGUGGACUUAUGGCAAAUGUUCAGGACCUUGAGAAGAACAUCAAGGGCACAGAGAAGUUCAUUGAUCACUAUGACUUAGGAUCCAACAGAGUGUACCUCUACUUCAAUCAGAUAACAAACACCACAGAGUGUCUGCAGUUCGGAGCGGAACAGAUUGUACCUAUCGGACUAGCCCAGCCAGCUGCAGCCGUAAUCUACGACUACUAUGAGCCAAAAAACCGAUGUGGAAUGUUCUACAGUGCUCCCCACCAAACGAAAAUGGUUUCCAAGCUGUGUGAUGGAGAUGUCUGUGCUUGUGCAGAGGGCUCCUGUCCUACACCUAAAGUGACUUUCAGUGAAAACAUGCAGUCAAACACACGCACCGACUUUGCAUGUUACAAGCCCAUUGUUGAUUUUGUUUAUGUUGUGAAGGUAAUCAACUCAACAGAUGAUGGCGUCUUCAAUUAUUACUCUACAGAAGUGAUCAAAGUUCUUCAAACAGGCAAAGAUGAAGGAAUUAAAAUUGGUGCAACACGGGAACUCGUUCAAAGACUAUCUUGUGUGAACUUUGCUCUGACCAUGGAAGCCCAGUACAUGUUCAUGGGUACUAAUACAGCCAUCACACCCACUCUAGAUGCCAUGGGAAGCCCCAGGUACUUACUGAGCAGGGACGAGUGGCUGGAGAAGAUUCCGGAACAGAGCCAGUGCCGAGCCACAAGGAACCGUGAGGCCUGCCAGCUACUCCAUACCUUCAUGGCGCAGCAUGAGAUGAGUCGCUGUGCCUUCUGAACUGAUGGACACUCACAUUACGCUCUUAACUCUCUCGCAGUACACUGUUAAAGGAGCUGUCUUGUCUUUAAGCAGGGUUGUUUUUUUUUUGGUUUUUUUACUUCAAAUGAUCCUAAACGUUUUAAGUGCAUGCACCUCUACAGUAUUGUCUACCCUUUGGGUUCAGUCUGUUAGGAGGAUAGUUAUAGGAUGCUCCAUUGAUACAUGAAGGCAAUGUUUCACAUAAAUAAAAAAAAAACAUCACUACA